CAGCUAAAAGCAAAAUGGCAAAUGGUAAUGAAAAUUCAUCUGCAAGUCAGCCAACUGGAUUGGACAUGGCAGUGAAGAACAUACAGACAUUCUCACUGGUCGUCUACUGUGUGAUUAUAGUGGUUGGGACAGUGGGCAAUGGUCUGGUCAUCUACGUGACCGGCUUCAAGAUGACGAAAACAGUCAACUCUGUGUGGUUUCUCAACUUGGCUCUGGCAGACUUCCUCUUUACAGCGUUCCUGGUGUUUACAGCAGUCUCUCUCUCUCAGCAGCACCUCUGGCCCUUUGGACAGUUCAUGUGCAAACUCAACAACUUUGUGAGCUUGGUCAACAUGUUUGCCAGCGUCUUUUUUCUGACAGCUAUAAGUCUGGAUCGUUGCGUGUCCAUCUGGGUGGUGGUGUGGGCACAAAACAAGCGCACCGUUCACAAAGCUCAAGUCAUAAGUGCUGUAAUCUGGUUGGCUGCAGGCAUCUGUAGCACACCCUAUGCAUAUUUUCGUACCGUGGAAGACAUCCAGAAUCAGACGUACUGCAAGUACCCUUCAACUAUGACAAAAAGCAAACAAUACACAUUGUAUAUAUUCCGCUUUGUUAUUGGCUUUCUCAUCCCAUUCCUGGCAAUAUUUCUCUCAUAUGUGGCCAUAGGGAUUCGUGCCAGGCGUCUGCAGAGAAUGAGGAAACAAAGAUGUCACCGUAUCAUUUUCUCAGUCAUUUUUGCAUUCUUUAUCUGCUGGUUGCCCUUUCAUGUUUUGAGUUUCAUGGAAUUAAACUUAAAUAAUUACCCAGAUUUAUGGAACAUUGUUCAUGUUGCAGGUCCUCUAACUGUAAGUCUUGCAUUCAUGAACAGCUGCUUGAACCCCAUCCUCUAUGUUUUCAUGUGUGACGAGUUCCAGAAGAAGCUCAAGGAGUCCAUUUGGUUAGUUCUAGAAAAUGCCCUGGCAGAGGAUCACUUAUCAUAUGUAACAUCGUCUCGUUCAUUGUCAAGGAUUCACAGAAAGUCUGAUUCUACCACCCCUGCUGAGGGGAAAGAAACAGAGACAUCGGUGAUCUUAACAAAACCAAAAAAAGAGAUCUGUACGAAGAAGUCCAUUGACACUGAGGAGACCAGCCACAAACUGAUUGAAAUGGUGGACUUUAAUAAAAGUGCACUGAAGUGAUUUGAGCAAAGCUUAUUUGUAAAGUAGUGUGAACACACGCAAAAAAAUUCAAAGAAUAUUUUUGAUGGUUGCUUGUUUUCCAUCAUUUGUUCACCAUUAACAGGUGUUUUCGUAUGUGGUUAUUGAGACAUCCUGAGACGUACAACGGAAAGUCUGAUAAAAUCGCACUUCCCACAUUCAAUCAGCAAAUUGUAACUGAAACUCUGUGCAGGUGUCCCGCAGCAAUAUAUUGUACAUGUCAAGCUUUUAAUGAAAUGAUUGUAAAUACUGUAAAAACAGUAUGAAAUUACUUGUUUACUUUAGAACAGUUUGAAUUUUGUUUUAACUUGCCUCUUGCCUACUUCAUCGA